UAGACUGGGAUGCCGAGCGCAUGUGUUGUCCUGUCAAUCCUCGUAUAGAACUCAUUUGGCAAACUGAUAGAUUAGCUCCAUUAAUAGUCACAUUAUUAUUGAGCUCAGGGAUGAUGGAUCAAUGAUCAGCGUGCAACAGCGGGCAGUGGUUUUGGAACGCAAAUUGGUGAAUACUAACGGGCUAACCGGACUGAGCGUGGAAGACUGCGUGUCUCCCUUUCCCCAUUGACGGCGAACUCACUAGGGCUCUAAUAUUUGGGGAGGAGGAGAAUCAGAAUUGAAGAUCUUGCUUUGUCAUUGAGGACCUCUGCCACCCACCAGCCAGCAUCAUCCUCUGCCUGUCUGUCUGACUGUCUGUCUACCUGCCUGUCUGUGUCUCUGUCUCCGACUUGCUCGUCCGACCCGACGCAUUGAGCAGACAGCUGCAGAAAGCACCAGCACCACGAUGUGUUCUAGUGUAGGCUACUACACGCGGAUUUAGGAAUACCUAUACCUGGAUGUCAUUCAUUGAUUUUUCCUGGACAUAUCAUAUGCUAAUAUGACCGUCGCACCGAAACGGAGCGAACUGUUGCAACCGGGAGAGCAGACAGCUGCACGUUCCAAGUGUCAAGUAAGAUUCGACCUGACCCUGUCCUGCUGCGGAUGCACCGUCACUGCUUCUGGGAUCCAGAGCCGUUUGAGUUUGAGAUAGAUGGUUUGUUUUAAUAGCUCAUACAUUUUUGUUUCUUUGUUCAACGUGUUUUUCUCGUAGCCCGGACGAGUGCGCGACUUAUUUGUUCUUCAAUCCCACAAUGGAUAGGUUUCAUUCUUCCAUGCGCAAAAGGUUGUAUAGCCUGCCGCAAAACAUUGGCCAAAAAGGCUCAGUCUCUGUAAUGGUUGACGAUGGAGGGGAAUACGGUGGUGGCGACAAGGACACCAAGAAGAAAAGUAUCGCCAUCAGGCUGAAGCCGCUUGUUCCUCCGAAACCUCCAUCCCCUGCUAUCAGCUGCAAGAGCAACGGGGAUAGAGACCCCAGGAGCGGGACCGCUGGAGUCUUGGAAACAGACGGUGCUGUCAAACCAAACUUAAACGGAGACUGUCGCAUGUUCAAAGGUAGUCUGUCUUCCAUCACUGGACGACACACUCUUGGGUCAGACCCAGCUGAGCAGCGGAGGCUGAUCCCGGAGGCAGACGCCGGUGCUAACGAUGAGAGUUACCCUGGAGGAGAAACUGGAUCAGGGGCCGAGCAAGUGGCUCAGGGUGCCGUUGGACGCGUUGCUGGCGCACACCGUCGGUCUUCGGUCUUUGAUCAGACCACUUUCAUCAAGUUAGAAGGAACGGAACCGAUCAUGCCAGACGAGGCAGAGCAGCUGUACCGGGCUGGCUUCAUGCACCGUCAGUUCGGAGCAAUGCUUCAGCCGGGAGUCAACAAGUUCUCCCUGAGAAUGUUGGGGAGUGAAAGGGCCGUAGAGCACGAGAGAGAACGCGUGAAGUCUGCAGGAUUCUGGAUCAUUCAUCCAUACAGUGAUUUUAGGUUCUACUGGGAUCUGAUCAUGCUGUUCCUGAUGGUGGGCAACCUGAUCAUCAUCCCCGUGGGCAUCACCUUCUUCAAGGAUGAGCACACACCCCCCUGGAUCGUGUUCAACGUCAUCUCGGACACCCUGUUCCUCAUCGACCUGGUCCUCAACUUCAGGACUGGCAUCGUCAAGGAGGACAACACCGAGAUCAUCCUGGACCCGCAGACCAUCAAGAUCAAGUACCUGAAGAGCUGGUUCGUGGUGGACUUCAUCUCGUCGAUCCCCGUGGACUACAUCUUCCUCAUCGUGGAGACCAGGAUCGACUCUGACUUCUACAAGACAGCCCGGGCGCUGAGGAUCGUCCGCUUCACCAAGAUUCUGAGUCUCCUUAGGCUGCUGAGGCUUUCAAGACUCAUCAGAUACAUACAUCAGUGGGAGGAGAUUUUCCACAUGACCUAUGACCUGGCCAGUGCCAUGGUGCGCAUCGUGAACCUGAUUGCGAUGAUGCUGCUGCUGUGCCACUGGGACGGGUGUCUGCAGUUCCUGGUCCCCAUGCUGCAGGAGUUCCCUUCAGACUGCUGGGUCACCAGGAACAAGAUGGUGAAUGACACGUGGGGGCAGCAGUACUCCUACGCCCUGUUCAAGGCCAUGAGCCACAUGCUGUGUAUCGGCUACGGCAUGUACCCCCCUGUGGGCCUGGCCGACGUCUGGCUCACCAUACUCAGCAUGAUCGUGGGCGCCACCUGCUACGCCAUGUUUGUCGGCCACGCCACCGCCCUGAUCCAGUCUCUCGACUCCUCCCGACGCCAGUACCAGGAGAAGUACAAACAGGUUGAGCAGUACAUGUCCUUCCACAAGCUCCCUGCUAGCAUGCGCCAGAGGAUCCAUGACUACUACGAGCACCGCUACCAGGGCAAGAUGUUUGACGAGGAGAGCAUCCUGGGGGAGCUCAACGAACCGCUCAGAGAGGAGAUCAUCAACUUCAACUGCCGUAAGCUGGUGGCCUCGAUGCCCCUGUUUGCCAACGCAGAUCCCAACUUUGUGACGUCGAUGCUGACCAAGCUGCGCUUCGAGGUGUUCCAGCCCAUGGACAGCGUGGUGCGGGAGGGCACCUUGGGCAGGAAGAUGUACUUCAUCCAGCAUGGUGUGGUUUGUGUCAUCGCCAAGGGCACCAAAGAGACCAAGCUAUCCGAUGGGUCCUAUUUUGGAGAGAUUUGCCUGCUGACUCAGGGCCGAAGAACAGCCAGCGUUCGUGCGGAGACCUACUGCCGCCUAUACUCCCUGUCCGUGGAUAACUUCAACGAGGUCCUGGAGGAGUACCCCAUGAUGAGGCGGGCAUUUGAAACCGUAGCUCUGGACCGGCUGGACCGCAUAGGGAAGAGGAACUCGGUGCUCCAACACAAGGUAAGAGACGCCCAGAACUCGGGAGCCAUGAACCUCCAGGAGAACGAGAUAAUUCAGAGGAUCGUGCAGCACGACCGUGACAUGGCCAUCCAGAUCAACAUCUCUCCCCAGUCCCUGGACCCCGAUCCCCCGUCGCCUGCCUCCGCCCCGGGGGUCAUCUGGGCGCCCCUAGUCCAGGCGCCCCUCCAGGCCGUCGCGGCCACCACCUCUCUGGCCCUGGCUCUGUCCCACUCCCAGCUUCCCCCCAUCCUCUUCCACCGCCCGCUCUCCAUGUCCGGCUCUUUUAAGGACCCCACGGGCCACCGUCUGCACAGGGAGGUGUACGUGGGCGUGGCCGCACCUGGAGGGGGCAUGUCCGGCUGUGGCUCUGGGGAUGCGUCCCCAUCCGGUUCUCUGAAGUUCCGUUCUGGAGUGGACACUCCCAUAUUGGCCUCGUUCCGGGCCCAGCAUCUAGUCUCUGCCGCCUCCUCUGUAUUUCCUCAGUCACCCACAAAUUCCCCAAACCAGCCGGCCUCCUGCGUCUCCUCCAGUAACGUCCAGACUCUAUCCAGGGUCGGCUCUGCUUUUCCCUUGGGACAGUGCUCCGUCCGGGGGUACCCGACUUCCUCCUCGGCCCAGCUACACAGCCACUCCAGCUCGCCGCCAGUGUCCCGCCAACACGGGGCGCCGCGGAGGUUCUCGGCUCACUCUGGCUCCGCCCUGAACCCUGUAAACAGCAGCUGUGUCAGCCCUGUCCUGAGUCACCAACAAGCCUCCCAGCCACACCCCCCCACCGGACCCUGUCUGCACCCGCCGGCAAGGCACGGCUCCGGAGGACAUCAGGAGAGGGCAGGCAGCAACCUCCUCCUUCCCCACUGUCACUACACCACCACCGUCACUCCCCACGGAGCCCCCCAGCUUUACACCACCUCCCCCUCCCUCAGCGGAGCUUCCCAGCUCUACACCACCUCCCCCUCCCUCAGCGGAGCUGCCCAGCUCUACACCACCUCCCCCACCGUCAGCGGAGCUGCCCAUCUCUACACUACCUCCCCCUCCCUCAGCGGAGCUGCCCAGCUCUAUACCACCUCCCCCACCCUCAGCGGAGCUGCCCAGCUCUACACCACCUCCCCCACCCUCAGCGGAGCUGCCCAACUCUACACCACCUCCCCCACCGUCAGUGGAGCUGCCCAGCUCUACACCACUUCCCCCGCCCUCAGCGGAGCUGCCCAGCUCUACACCACCUCCCCCACCUUCAGCGGAGCUGCCCAACUCUACACCACCUCCCCCACCCUCAGCUCCGGCGGACAUCUGUCAAUAUCCAUCCCUGAACAGGCCGACGUUGGAGGUGUGGGCUCCUCGGGACUCCAGUCCUGUCUUCUGCCCCAGGUCCUGAUGGAGUCCACUGCCCACUCCUUCCACUCUGCCCUGGCCUCGCUGGCCCAGUACGGCUCCGGGGAAGGCUCCCCAUCCUGCACCCCACCAGUGGCCCCCAGCCCCACCAUGCAGAGCCCGGUGACCGGCCGGCCGGCGCCUCACCACCAUCGCCAUGGCCAGCCCCACAGCCAGCCCUGCGGUGCCACAGGCUCCCACAGCUCCCUCGCCCCACAGAUGAGCUGUCCUGCCCGGGUGGAUGGGAGAGGGCAGAGGGCCGAGUCCCUCGUGGAUCUCUUCACCCAGGAUGUCAGGACUAUAUCCACCGUUUCCACCUCGGGGUCACACAGCUAUCUUCCCCAGGCGGGGGCUCUGUCCUCAGGGGUGCCCGGCUCCACCCACUUCUCAUCUCAGCCAUCCUCGACUUCCACGCCGGUAGGCGGCAGUAGCAAACUCCUUGGCCACGUCACUCCCAUGAGUCACUUCACCUCCGCAGGGUCUGAGCCUCCAGCUGUCAAGAAGCAGGGAGCUCCAACCUCCUCACAACCCAGUGCCAUUCGUCAGGCCAGCCCGGCCAAGACGUCCGAGGCAGAGUAUACCCGUUCCCAACUCCCGUCCAACCUGUGAUCUCUGCACACACACCCCCCUGCAAUGCCUGGAAUACGGGGAGCUCGUCUUUGUGUUGGCAUUGUGUGUUGUUGUUUUUUUAUAUCUAUCGUGUGUGGGGUUUUUUGUUAACCCGAGGAAGGUGUGAGUGAAUAUCUAUAUUAGACGAAUGAAGACUUAGGGCAGAUAUUUAUUUUUUAUGCAGAGUGAAUGAACCGGGGGAGGGGGGGGGGCAAGACAGUUCUGAUUGUAAAUGAUUGGUAAGGACGUAAUUUAAAAACGCCUUGCCCGCUGAGUUGGGUAUUUUUCUACAGUACAAUGCUACAACCUUGCUUUUUGAGAUAUGACGGUAAUGUAUAAACUGUAUCAAUAUGCACUUGGAUAAUAUAAAACCACAUGUAUUGAUAUUGACCAAUCAAUAGGUACUUUAGCCCAUACUGUAUACUCACAUUGUAUUUUUGUGUUGAGGUAUUUCCUUAAAAGCUGUUCUGACAUUUAUCUAACCGUUAAGCCCGUACAGAUUACUUAGCGUUUUCCUUAUUUUUUGUGUUUGAAUUGUGUUAACCUGGAGAUGUGGUGAAUGUUUGGUCACCCGAAGAGACUUGAAAAUAAGAUAAAGCAUUAUGACUGACUUGCACUUUUGUCAUUUCAGAUGAACUGAAAAAAAUUCCACGGUAUGUCUUCCAAUGUCGUCGGGAAGCAAUACUGGAAGCACCCUUAUAUACGCCUUUCUGGAAUAUUCUCUGAAACAGCAUACAUUUUAGCUAGCUUAAAUAUCAAGCCUGUUAUUUUACCGGAAGACAUGAAUGUAUCUUUAGUGACUGUGGAUUUUGAAAUAACGGUUUGGUAAAUGAAUCACUGGGGUUUGGAAGAGAUUCCUUUUUUCCUGAAUAGAAGGACAGAAAAAGUCUGUAUUCAGAAAAUUACUAAUUCUGCUUUGUUAUGUUUUGCCAGGCUGCUCUUCUGCCAACACAACACACACCCACACACAAACACACACAAACACACACUGAACACCACGGUUCACACACUGACAUAAACAGACACACACACACUCUUGCACAGACCUUGGUCCACAUGGCAGUGAAAGCUUGUUGACAGAGUUGUAUACAGCAGUUUCCAACCAGUCUCUAUUUUAACAACGUCUGCCAUUGUUUUCCCCUGGGGGGAAGUUGAAGGUACAGAAGAUUUGCAGACAUAUGUCUGAGGUUAUUUUGCAGAUUAGCAGUAACGACCGUAUUCAAUGUACGCCAUCAUCUUUUUGUUUGGGCGUGUUCCACCACAGACAGAGACUUCCUCCGUAGCGAUGACGGAUCGAAGGGUUGUUGAUGGAAUAAUCAGUUUGGGUCACGUUCAUUAAACGGCAAACAUAUGACAUUUUACAUGAACAGGUAGGGACAAACUGGAGCUGUCCAAUCAGAAAAGUCCAUUUUUGUUUUCCAUUGCAUGCGCAAAUAAAACAAAUGUUGCGGGUUGUGAGACGAAAUUGAAAGAUCACGUCCAUAUUGCACAACAAAAUGAGAGACAAUGACCUGAUUGUAGCCUGACUUGUUCCAAUCAACUGGAGAUGAGCUGUUACGAUGAAAACACAGAAAUAUAUGAUAAAGAACUGGAUGUCAUUUCUCUCUACAUUUUACUUUUAUUCUUUCCUGAAUUUCUUUAAGAUUAUUUAUCCAUAGUUGUUAUCUGAGAUUGGACAUCGGUUGAAAAACUGCUGUUACGUAUGUCAUGUGAUACAACACUGAUUAAUGACUUUUAUUUAAAAAAAGGUCAAAGAACCCAGGCCUCUUCAUUUUCAGCAACCUCUGUAUAUGCAUACAUACAGUUUUCUGUGUAUAUAAGUUAAUGUUCAUAACUUUGUGUAUUUUAAUUUGAAUCAUGUAUUUAUCCACACCUCUGACCUGAAUGGAAGUCUAACCUUGGUAAUCCUCUCCAGUGGCCUGAGUUGCCUGGUUGCUGGGCCUUGGGCCACCCUGAGGCGGAAGAGGGGUCGAGCACACAGACACACACUUAUAGGGGAUAUAGAUAAUAUCUGUCUCUGGUCCCAAAACUGGUGGUCGAUCAAUCCUUCAUUAUUAUUCCUCUCAUACCUGUUUUCCUCCCCUCCCUGUCUUCCAUCCUCUCCUCUAUCCUCCCCCCUGUCCUCUAUCCUCCCCCCUGUCCUCUAUUCUAUUCCCUCUCUUCUCCACUGUAACAGCCUCCAACAGAAGCUUUAGAUUGAAUAGCAGAUCAGAUCUCAACCUUGAGAGCACUCUCGCUUUGGUUGAUAGAGCAACAAUCUGGAAUUCCUUUUAUACUCCAGAAACCACUGGAUAUUAUAGUAAUUUACAUGCCCAUUGCACCAAUUACCAGCUAGAUUACAUAUUAUAAUUUUAAGAUUGAAAUGGGCCUUAUUGUGUCGCUGAGUGAUAUAUUUAACACUUUUGCAUUUUAUUUUCCUUUCCUUGUUCCUUUUGACUUUCCCAAAUUGUAUAAUUCCGCGAUGACCAAUGUCAAACAGAUUAAUAUAUAUUUUUAGAAUUUUAUUGAA